UUAACAUGACCAUCAUUGUUAUCUUUAUUCUGCCAGUGCAUGCCGUGAGAGAAGAGUUUGAUUUCGAGAGACAUGCAACUUUUACUUAUUUCAGCCAAGUGAUUGGCGAAGGUUUCCACAUUUAAUAAAACAUCUGAUAUGGAGGUCGAUAUGAAUACUGCUUAGGAUGCUGAGUUCAAUGAAUGAUUCUUUUUAUGGUUAAAUAACAACAUUGACAAAAAGAUUUGAACAUUACACAGUUUGACUAAAGUAUUCUUAUUCUGUUUGGUGUCCUGAUCGAUGGAAUCUGUUCGGUAUAAAUGGGAAUAGAUCUCGUAGGGUCAUCUUAUAGCUCAGCUCCCUACUACAGCGAGUCAGGAGAAUGUAAGACAGAAGUAAAUCCGAACCAUGGCGCAAACAAUGACGUACAGUGUAGGAUCCGGAAGUCAGAAUGUCUCCGGGAAUUUUACGAUUCCAGCCAACAACUCACAAAAUGGGCCUGUCGAUGAAUUCAGUCCUUUGGUUAAAUUUUAUUUGCACUAUGCUGGUUAUCAUGGAUACAUUAGUGUGUUCGUUUGUUUAUUCGGGAUAAUCUCCAACUUCGCAAACAUCGUUGUACUCACACGUAAGAACAUGAUUACUUCCGUAAACAUCAUUCUCACGUGGUUAGCUGUGGCAGAUACGCUAAAAAUGUUGGAUUAUCUUCCCUUCGUGACAAAAUUCUACAUUCUGAAAGAUCCAAAUCUCGAAUACUUUCAGACAAGAAGUUACAGCGCUAUGGUGUUUUUAUUAUUUCAUGCUAGUUUCAGCAUUGUGUGUCAUACCAUAGCAGUAUGGCUGACCAUUGCAUUGGCCAUAUUCAGAUUUUUGUUCAUUUGGUUUCCAACCCACGGAAACGACUGGUGUUCUCCGUUUCGAGCCAAGUGUGUAAUUUUUUGUGUGUACAUCUCCAUAAUUAUCCUUACCAUUCCUAAUUAUGCAAUCAACAGUUACCAUCACGAGACACACAAUGGAACGGACCUUUACAAGUCUGCGAAAUCGGAGUCGUUAAAAGACACGUGGUUUGAUGACGCAAACCAGUACAUUCAUUCGAUACUCUUUAAACUGGUUCCCUGUUUCAUGCUCACAAUACUUACACUUCUGCUGAUCUACGCAAUGCACAGGGCUUACAAGAGACGACAGCAGCUGAAGAGCGUCGGACGGAAGGAAGAUGCUGAUCGUCACCACGAGCACAACCGAACGACCGGCAUGCUUUUGGCCGUCGUCGUCAUGUUCCUGAUAACGGAACUUCCGCAAGGAAUUCUGACGUUGAUUGUAAUUUCUGAACCGGAGUGGGAACUGAAAGUCUACAACAAACUUGGGGAUGUGUUAGAUAUUGUGGCGCUUUGCAACAACGCUGUUAAUUUCGUGCUGUAUUGCAGCAUGAGCAAGCAAUUCAGAGACACGUUUGUCCGAAUAUUUUGUCAAUGCUGUCCGCAAGAUGGCGUUGGUUUUCUGAAGGUUAAACUGAACAGCACUUCAAAUGGGAACAAGAAUUACCUGGCAACACUAAAUAACGGACACCGUACUGAUGCUAAUAACACUGCAACGUUCGUGUAAAGUCGUGUAUACAUGUUGAUAUCACAGAAAAGAUGUAGAGAACCAAAUUGAAUAUGACAUAUUAACUAACACAUAGUUUGUUUACGGUAGUUCUUUAAAACAACUGUUGUUAAUGUACAUGAUAAUUACAGUGAAUAUAAAUCGUGAUUUAACUUAAA